AUAGUAAAUGUGUAACAAAAAUAGAAUACUAUAUUUGGGUGAUUGAGAAAACGCUUAAGUAGUUUGUUGUGAGGGGGACAGUACUAAAUGACGGACACAAUUCCGGCGAUGCUGUUGACGGUGACAGAUUCUACACUACAGCCUCAGUCUGAGCGAAAACAAGGACAAUGACAUCUUUGGUGGAAUAUGAAGAUUCCGAUUCCGAGAAUGAUAGAAGUGGACCAGAGAACCCAAGAUGUUCAAGCGUAACCCUAAAUGGUUGUGAACCUAAUAUUUCAGGAUGUUCAUCUUUGUACAGUGAAGCAGAUUGUUUUCAGGAUGUAUCUAGACAUGCAAUAAGACAUAAUCUUAACAUAACCUCUAGUGUAAGCACUCAAGUAGAAAGUGUGCACAAAGUACAAAAUGUUCAGUUUUCUUUGCAUUCAUAUCAUAAUGUUAACCAAGGAACAGGACAAAGAUAUGCACAGGUGGAGCACCGUCCUCCGGCUCACAACAUUCAGAAACGAUCAUUUCAGCUGAAAGAUGGUAAUCCAAGAGCAGUGAAGCCUUAUGUACCUAAAAGACUGAGGGUAGGACCAUCUGUGUGUGGCAUGGACUCAGGGAACUCUUCUGGAAAUGAAGUGAACACAAUGGGCGAAGCGGAUUCUGCCAUAUUGUCAGAGGCUUCUGUAACACUGCGCGCACAUCUUGGCACACGAUAUGCUGCCACUGAAAUUCCUAGAGCAGUACUUUUCCAAAUGGCAGCUCAUCAGGGUCCAGUGAAUAAGGUCCAAUGGUGUCCUGUGCAGCAGUACAGCCAUCUUCUUCUUUCUGCUUCCAUGGAUCACACUGUAAAGAUUUGGAAUGCUGUUGACACAGGCAAAUGUCGGAAGACCUACACGUCUCAUGGAGGAGCUGUGCGGGAUAUUCAGUGGUCCCCUUGUGGCAGCCGCAUUCUCACUGGAUCAUUUGAUUCAGAGGCUCAUGUAACUGAUGUGGAAACUGGACAGCAACUGGAAAAACUGAGAAAUGAGUUUAAAAUCACUUGUCUGUCUUUCUUACCUGGAGAUCAGAAUAUCUUUGUAUGUGGAGGAUUCGGCCCAGAGGUGAAGGCGUGGGACACCCGCAUUGGCAAGGUCAUAAGGUCCUACAAGGCGAGGGUACAGCAAACACUGGACAUCCUGUUUCUCCCAGAGGGUCAAGAGUUUGUGACCAGCUCAGACUGUGUGAGCAGGGACUCUGCUGACCGAACAUUAAUUGCGUGGGAUUUUCAGACAGCUGCCAAAAUCUCCAAUCAGAUUUACCAGGAGCGCUAUACUUGCCCAAGUCUGACCCUUCACCCCAAAGAUGACGUCUUUGCUGCACAGACUAAUGGAAACUACGUGGCUUUGUUCUCAGCCCAGCGACCAUACAAAAUGAACAAGAAAAAGCGCUUUGAAGGCCACAAAGUUGAAGGCUAUGCUGUGAGCUGCGAGUUUUCACCAGAUGGCACCCUGCUCGCCACUGGCAGUUCCCAAGGCAUAGUAUACUUUUAUAGCUAUGCCACUUCCAGAAUGGUCCGAACUCUGUCUGCCCACAAACAAGCCUGUGUGUGUGUGACCUUUCAUCCUGUCCUACCAUCUGUUGCUGCAACAUGUGACUGGAGUGGCGAAGUUGCCAUUUGGCACUGACUUCACUUGUCUGGGAGGUCAUCAAGGAAAACAAGGUGCUUGGAUAGCCUCACUGAUGAAGGUCUACGCAAAUGUUUGCCACAUAAUCCUUGUGGACUGCUAUCACUUUUUCCAACUAGUCUUCUUAUUUAAUAGGAUUCUUAAGCAAUAAAAUGGGUUUUCUUGCUCCAGCUUGCAUUUUAGUGCUAUGGAUGGACCAGGAGAGUCAGAUGUGUCAGAGAUUUGCACUCGGUUACCUAAUUUGGUAAGCAGUUUGAUUGUCGACAAGCUCCAGUGGACAGACUUGUGGACUGUUCUGACUGAGUCAGCGGGGGGUGUCAAACUACAUGACAGGACUAGACUCCAUGCGAUUACACAAAUAAAGUUCACAACUGAAAAUUGCUGGAUGAAUCUUGGAGUGCGAUAGGGCAUAAGUUGAUUGUGCUAUAAAUAUUUUACCGAUAUGUUAAAUUAUUGAGGUGAGUUUACCGUUUACUUUGUGCAAAACAGCACCGUCUGCUAGGAGAUGGGGGGCAAUGUCCCACAUGCUCUUAGGGCUGAGAGACCACUGAAACUGAACUGAAAUCCAAUAUCAGUUCAAUCGCGAUGGCUACGUAUAAGGUUUGUGCGACAACUCGACAAUCAGAACGAAACCAGACAAACAAAGCAUCAGACUGGAGAGCACAAAGCUGCUGUGUCUGACCGCGCUACCAUCUUGAUUGAGCGAAAUAAUUUUAAAAAUCAAACAAAGAAAUAAAAAGAAAAUAAACUAAAGUGAAGGAAGCCAAACCAUAAGCCCUGACGGGCAGACCCUAGCAUUUAUAAAAUGUCAGUACACAACAAAGGCACCAACCAGCACCGCUUGCUAAGCCUAGUUCGGUAUUCCAUAUUCUCUCGUGUCUUCUACAGGAGCUCAGUGGAGUCCAUCCACACUGGCUGCUUAUAUCCUGACGUAGCACACGCAGCGCUGGACCACAAUGCAUGAAAGAGGGCGGUGAAGGAGAGGAUUAUCAGUACACAGCUCUUGUAAAGAACACGUCACAUGCAGCACAGGAUUAUCUAACACCUCGGCCUGGCAGCACAUCGGUGGCGAAUGGCGCCCGCCUCACCCGAUACUGAAGAGCUACUCCUGCCGACAGCUGAGUGGGUGUUUCUGCUUUUGUGUUUUUUAAAAUAUGUUUUUAUUGAUGCAUGUUGUAUUUAAUGUUUGAUGUUGUGUGAACGGUGUGCCCUUGGUAUUAUACUCCUGUAACUAGUCUGGGAGCGCGAACAGUAAACACCUCGUCGUACUUUUGCACACAAAAAUAAACUUGCAUGUGCGUGUUAACAUACACUUGGGAUUGCAAAGGAGAGCCCUAUUUCAUUCUGAUGAAAAUAAAUUGUUCAUUUUUCCUUGAACAGUGUGAGAAAAGACAACAUGAUAAAUUUAGAUAAAUGGUGUGUGAGUGAAAAGACCCCCAAAUCUAUUAGCGGAGGAUUCAGAAAGCAUCCCCUUAUAAUUAACAGACUGUUGCCGGCUUCUAUAGCAUAUUGGUAGACUCUGAUGUUCCACAUUUAGGGAAUUAAUUUUCUUUAGCAUUAUUAUUGCAUAGCGUAAGGUAAAGAACCUUGUCAGUGUAUAGUAAAGGAAUUUUAAUACUGGUGUUUUGCACUUGAGCCCCACAUCCAAUGUGUCACAGAGAGGAGAAUGUGGUUAGAUGUAAAUACUAGAGACGCUUAGGGGUGGAGGAGAAGGCAAAGCAAAGCUGGAUUUGAAAGGGCAGGCUUGAGUGGGUGGCAAAGGCACAGCGA